UGAACUUCUUUUUUGCUUCCUUUGAACCUGGUGAAAAGAAAAGUUCCUUUUCUAAGUUGAUAGUAACUGCGCUCUGUGUUCAAUUCAGGAGCUUUGUAAUGGCAGCCUGGCAGACUUUAUUCCUUUUUUUUUAACAGUUUGUAGAAAGGAAAUCGAAUCUCAAAAAGGUUUUCUUUUUGGUCUGUUUAGUCUUUUUCUUUUCUUUUUUUUGGAAAAAUGAGUGCAUUUUUCUUUGUUUUAUAAGUUGCAGUGGAUGAGAUCUUGCUUUAAGUGUGCUUUGAACGUUGAUGUUUUUAUAUCUUCAAAACUUGUUUCUCCAUUUCUUUUUUCUGAAAGAAUUCUCCUAGAAAAUAUUUUCCUGAGAAACAAUCGGGUUAAGAUAAACAAAAGUUUGAGCUGCAUUUGAAAUCAUUUUUUCCUGUUCUUCUAAAUUUUGAACCACACGCUUUAUUUUUACAUUUUUAUGUCCUCAUUUCACGGCAACAAUGGAGGAGGAAAGCAUACUUGCUAGAUUACAAUAAUGCCCGUUUGCAGCGUUGGAAUAGAUCAGUAAGGAAAACACGAAAAAAGGGACAAAGGAUCCUUAAAUUAUGCAGUCUCCAAAAGCAAGCAGAAAUGAAUAUUCGGAAGUGCCACAAAGGGUGUCUCCUCGAGCUGUUCGUCGACUCAAGCCAAUCACACUAGAGACUGAAGCUGUAUCUACAAAUCCAGCUAGUAGAACUUCAAAAGAGAAAAGCCCUAAAGUUGUUGAGCGUCGUUCACCUAGAAGCCCAGUCUCUGAGAAGAGGCGACCAAGCCGAACAUCUGAAUUGGAGGUACUGAUUUCACAGCUUCAAGAAGAACUAAGGAAGGCAAGGGAUCAGCUAAGUUUGUCUGAAUCAUGCAGGAAGCAAGCUCAGCAAGAUGCCAAGGAGUCCAAGAAGCAACUGUUGAUCAUGUCAGCAAAGCUUGAAGAGUCACAAAAGCUGCUUCUUGAGCUGUCUGCUUCCGAGGAAACUCGUGUUGUUGAGCUCCACAAGAUCUCACAAGAACAGGUUCAAGCAUGGCAGUCAGAGCUCAAAGCUAACCAGAAGCAGCAGCCUCUCGACUCAGCUGCUCUGGCCUUAGCCGUGAAUGAGAUUCAGCAACUUAGGGAUCAGCUUGAAAUGGUGACUGAAUCUGGGGCUGCACAAACCAAGCAAGCAGAAUCAGCACAUUUGGAGCUCCACAGCUUAAAAGGAAACCUUGUAGAAACUCUUUCUCUUGUAACAAACAUGAAAAACCAGCUAAAGGAUAGCCAUGAAUCGGAAGCUCAGGCCCAAGCAUUGGCUAGUGAAACUUUGCUGCAACUAGAAGCUGCGAAAAAGACUGUUGAGGUACUUAGGUCAGAAGGCAUGAAGGCCAUUGAAGCUUACAACUCCAUUGCUUCAGACUUAGACCAGUCAAGGGAACGUGUUUAUUCAUUGGAAGGACUUGUUAACAGACUUAAGUUAAGCUUAAUUGAUGCUAGUGGCAGCCUAUCCCUCAAGUCUGAUGGCAAUCGUAUUAUUGUUGAGCAUCAAGCUGGAGAAAGUGAGAAACCUGAGGAAUAUCACCAGCUUGAAGCAGAGAUUUCCUUUUUGAAGUCUGAGGUGGCAUGGUUAAGAAGUGCUCUUGAAACUGCUGAGCUUAAAUGCCAUGAAGAACAAAUCCAAAGCACUUUACAGAUAAAGAGUGUUCAUGAACUGGUGGAGCAGAUAAAAUCUGAAGCAAGCUCGAGAGAGGCUGAGCUGUUGGCUGAACUAGAGAAAGCAAAUUUUGAUAUUGCUGAGUUGAAGACAAAUCUGAUGGAUAAGGAAACUGAGUUGCAGUGUAUUUCAGAGGAAAAUAAAGAGCUUCACAUGAAGCUUGAGAAAAACCUGUCAUGUCAGCGAGAAUCAGAACUUGAAAAUGAGCUAAAGGUAUUGAAGGAAGCUGUUGUUGAUCUGAAGGCAAAUAUGAUGGAUAAGGAGACAGAACAUCAAAAUAUAUCAGAGGAGAAUGAGAUGCUGAGGUUGGAAAUCAGUAAAAGGGAAAUGGACAAAGGUAAAUCAAUCAAUAAGGUGGCCACUGAGCUAGAGGUGGUGAGGGCUGCAGAGCGAGAUGCUAUUCUGAAACUUGGGCUUGCAAUGGAGGAGGCAGAUAAGAAUAACAGGAGAGCUGCCAGGGUGGCUGAACAGCUUGAGGCUGCACAGAUUACUAACUCCAAAAUGGAGGCUGAGUUGAGAAGGGUAAGCGUGCAAUGUGACCAGUGGCGCAAGGCUGCAGAGGCAGCUAUUGCAAUGCUUUCAGGUAGUAAUGGGAAGUUCAUGGAGAGAACUUGUUCACUGGAUAGCAGUUAUAAUCCAGUUUCAGGAAAGGUUAGCUCACCUUACACUGAAGGUAUGGAUGAUGACUUGCUGAAGAAGAAAAACGGGAACAUGCUAAAGAAGAUUGGGGUCUUGUGGAAGAAGCCACAGACGUAGAACACCAUGAGGCAUGCUAAAAAUAUUUUUUCCCUAAAAUGCGUAGAUUCUAUGUUUACUUACUAUCUCAUUAUAUUUCUCUAACCGAGUUUUCUCCCCUUAUUAAUUUGGGACAGAUGCUUCGGUCAGGAGACCAGCCAAGUCUCUUUGCUGUGAAGUUCACGUUAAGCACUAUUUUGAAGCUUCUUAGUUAUAUUAUGAUGAUGGAAGAACACUGGUGAUAGCAGAUUUUCUUUCCCUUUUUUCUUUUUCUUUUCUGUGAAUUUGUCAAAUGCGGGUGUCAUUACCUUGUGCUUACAGGAUCAAACUUUUAGCUCCUGACAAUGCAAGUUGUGAUUUUGGAUUUGGAUUCCAUAGUUAUUCUGUUAAGCUGCUUGCUUAAUAUAGUCGUCACUCAUCAGCUUCAAAGUGCAAUGAGGCUGUGAUAUACGGUAAGUUGUGUAGUGCCGCAUAUUUCGAUGGAGCUCGCAUGUGAAACAAGUAUUCCUUUUGGAUUGCAUGCAUCUUGCAUAUGGUUGUUUCUGGGUUAUUUACACCAUGACCG